AUGCUCUGUUUCAAUAGCUUUGGUGAAGUGUACUCUCAUUUUCUCUUGGUUUUACAAGCAGUUGCACUAAUUGUGGAAGUACGCCUUCAACGAGUUGUCCCAUCGUUUGACUCAACUCAGCUCUUGCAAGCUCCAAAAGGACAUUAUGUGGAACUGAAUUUCACCUUGAAGACUUCAUAUCCAACACCAUGCAUUGAUGACAUGUACCUUGAGGUUCGCGAUGGAUAUAACGAGUCUUCUAAUCUUCUUGGUGUAUUUUGUGGGAGGAAUAUUUCUAGUACUGUGCGAUCCAGUGGACAGAACUUGUGGCUGAGAAAAUCAGAUAAAUUCAAUCACGAGUGGUUCCAUAACAAUUUCAGCGGUUCAUACAGUGACAAAACAGCUAAUACAACAGUCAAACCCAACCUUGAUAAAGUGGUCGAGACUCAGUUCGCUCUUUUCAAUCAUUCCUCAUCUCUUUGGUGUCCAGCACAAGGUGCACCGGCACCAGUCAUUGUUUGGAGAAAGAACGGCAUUCUGGCACAGAACAGUACAAGUGUACUAUAUCAGCUGAACAUUACUGGAGAAAACAAUGACAAUUACAGCUGUGAGGUGAACACGCAGGAUGGUUUUGACAAGAAACGAAUCCAUCUUCUCAUCGAGAGGUGUCCAGAUCCUUGCCGGUGUACCACGGCAGACGGAAUAAUGCGCGCAGUUACCCGCAUUGAAUGCAAAGGAAAACAUUUACAGUCUGUUCCACGUCGCUUGCCCUAUUCUACAGAGAAAUUGUAA